UGGUCCAUAAAUACCACCUCACCUCGCCCGAGCGGAGCUGGAUCGGAAACGACAGCGACCUCCCCCGACUCCGGCUCCUCCUCCUCCUCCUCCUUACCCACUAAGAAACAAAGAAAGAGAGAAGGAAACACUGCCGGCCUCCCGCCUUCCUCCCAUCUUCCGCCGUCGUCCUCUGCGCGUGCCCGUCCUGCCCGCGCCUUAAAGGCCUCGCCUUUUUCCGCCUGGAUCCGAUUGGGAUUUCCGGCGGCACCACAUAAACAGAUCGGCUCCUCCCCUCUCCCUCCUUCGGAUUCCGGCGUCCACAAAUCCCCACGAUCCCCCCGCCGGCGGCAGGCGAUUCGGUCUUCGGCGCGACGUGGUGCUCUGAGACCGGACCGCCGCGAUGUGGGGGGAGACGAAGCCGAUGCUGAAGCCAUCACGCUCCGGCACCGGCGGCGACGACACCGGCGACUACUUCGCGCAGGCGCCACGCAAGAACGGCGCCGGCGACUGGUGGUCCACCGGCCUGCUCAAGCUCGUCACGGCGAUGGUGAUCUUCAUGGCGGGGGUGGUCAUCGGGCUCUCGGUGAGCGCCAACGUGUCGCGCUACUACUACAACUCGCACACGGAGCUCUUCUUCCCGGCGGCCACCUACAGCAGCGGCGCGUGCGACCGGCGCGGGGCCUCGGGCGACUGCGGGCCGGGGUUCCGCGCCUUCGUGCACCCGCCCACGCUCGCGCACUCCAUGACGGACGACGAGCUCUUCUGGCGCGCCACGCUCGUGCCGGCCGCCGAGGAGUUCCCCUUCCAGCGCGUGCCCAAGGUCGCCUUCCUCUUCAUGACCCGCGGCCCGCUCCCGUUCGCGCCGCUCUGGGAGAAGUUCUUUAGAGGGCACCAGGGGUUGUUUUCGGUGUACGUGCACACCAUACCGGAUUACAAGCUCAACGUCUCCAAGGCGUCGCCCUUCUACGGGCGGCAGAUCCCCAGCGAGGAAGUGUCUUGGGGAUCGAUAACCCUGGUGGACGCGGAGAAGCGCCUGCUGGCCAACGCCUUGCUGGACUACUCGAACGAGCGCUUCGUGCUGCUCUCGGAGAGCUGCAUCCCGGUGUUCAACUUCCCGACCGUCUACGAGUACCUCAUAAACUCGGAGCAGAGCUUCGUCGAGUCCUACAACAUCGACACCCCUCAGAGCGCCGGCCGCUACAACCGCCGGAUGGCGCCCCACAUCCUGGCCGAGCAGUGGAGGAAAGGGUCGGAGUGGUUCGAGCUCAACCGUGAGUUGGCCGUGCGUGUGGUGGCCGACUACAAGUACUACUCCAUCUUCAGGAAGCACUGCAGGCCGUCCUGCUACCCCGACGAGCAUUACAUACCGACCUAUCUCCAUCUGUUCCAUGGGGCGCUCAACGCCAACAGGACCAUCACGUGGGUGGAUUGGUCGAGAGGAGGCCCGCAUCCAGCGAGAUACGGUGCUGGAAACAUCAAUGUGGAGUUCAUCAAGGCCAUCAGGAACAAUGGUACCCAGUGCACUUACAACUCGAAGCAUACUUCUGUCUGCUACCUCUUCGCCAGGAAGUUUGCCCCUAGCGCUCUGGGGGCAUUGAUGAACCUCACUUCGACCGUGCUGGACUUCUGAGCAUCACACCUCCUCAUCGGCAUUACAUUAUCGAGCUAUCUCAAUCGACGUGCUGCAUACAGGUCAGGGAGUAGAGGUGCUCUGCUAGCUCGGAGACGUGUGUCUCUUCUUAGAUAGAUCAGAGGCAGCUUCCGAUGAUGGCGUCGCUGGCGGAUGACGCUGUGUGGGACGGUGAAACUUACUUCACUUAUCCUGAAGCUGAUUCCCGAGUAAUGGACGAAUGGCACUACAUCCAGAGAGGAAUUUUUCACCUCCCAUUCUUUUUUAUUAUAUCAUAGCUAUGUGAUAGAUCUUUUCUUUUUCUUUUCUGCCACCAUCUUAUUGUAAUGACUUGGUCAGGAUGCUAAUUUUAUGUGAAUAUAACUCCUCAAUCAUUGCUUUGCUUCAA